AUGGACAAGCAGCUGCGGGAGUUGCGGCUGCAGGAGGAGAGGGUCUUCCUGCAGAGCAUGGCAAGGGAGGAGGACACCAAGAAGCCCCCUAGCUGGUGGGACAGCCGGGCACCAGCCAUCAUCCCAGAGCCCCUUGCCAGUGACGCUGCACUCUGCGUGCCCAACAGCCCUAAAUCUCGCAGGGACCUUGGCCUGAUCAUGGAGGCGGUGGCACGCAGCGAGUUUCUACAGCAUCUGGGCGAAAGCUGCCCUGAGGUGCUGGCCCAGAGCUUCGUCACUGUCCAGCACAGCCCUGGGGACACGGUGCUGGCUGAGGGCACUGAAGGCACCAGCAUGUAUAUCGUGGCAGAGGGGCAGCUCAGUGUGAGCCAGCGUGGCCGCCAGCUCCGCACCCUGGGGCCAGGGGACGUGUUUGGGGAGCUGGCCAUCCUCUACAACUGCAAGCGCACGGCCACCGUGCAAGCACUCAGCCCCGUGCGCCUCUGGGCCAUCGACCGGCAGCGGUACCGGGCCAUUGCCACCAGCAAUGCCAAGCAGAGACGGGCUGAGAUCCUGGCCUCCCUGCAGAAGGUGCACUGGCUGCAGGACCUCUCAGACAGCUACCUCUGCAAGCUGCUGGAUGCCAUGGAGGAGCGCACCUUCAAGCCUGGUCAUAUCAUUAUUCAUGAAGGUGAUGAGGGAGAAAACUUCUACAUCAUCCUGAAGGGUGAGGUGCGGGUGACCCAGCAAGUGGAUGGGCAAGAGAAGCUGCUCCGUGUCCUGGGUGCUGGGCAGCACUUUGGGGAGCUUUCCCUGCUAUGGAACAGCCCCCGGACGGCAUCGUGUCAGGCCCAGGGACAUGUCACCUGCGUCACCAUGGCCAAAGAAGACUUCCUGGAGAUCAGUCCCUAUUGCCCUCCCCAUCCUGCAGAGCCGGGCUGGGGUUCCUCGAGCCUGGGGCAGCCACAAGCUGUGCCACUGCGGCUGGAGGAGCUGGAGGCCGUGCGCUACCAGGAGGGGGAGCGGCAGGGCCAGUGUGUUGUCCUGGGCACAGGAGGCUUCGGUCGGGUGGAUCUGGUGCGUUUCCGGGAGCGUCUCUUCGCGCUGAAGCGGAUCCGCAAGGACCGGGUGGUGGGGAAGCAGCAGCAGGAGCACGUGCGGACAGAACGGCGAGUGCUGGCGGGCAGCCGCAGCCCCUUCGUGGUGAGGCUUUUCGGUACGUUCCGGGACAGGCACUACGUCUAUCUGCUGCUGGAGUUCUGCCAGGGCGGAGAACUGUGGACCAAGCUGCGUGAGAUGCGGUGCUUUGAGGAGCCAGUGGCUGUGUUCUGCUGCGCCUGCGUGGUCGAGGCCCUUGAGUACCUGCACAGCCACGGCAUUAUCUACCGUGACCUGAAGCCUGAGAACCUCAUGCUGGACCAGCGUGGCUACGUCAAGCUGGUAGACUUCGGCUUUGCUAAGGAGCUGGGGCCGGGGGAGAAGACAUUCUCCUUCUGCGGAACCCCCGAGUACCUGGCUCCUGAGAUCCUGCGCCAGGAGGGCCAUGACUUUGCCGUUGACUUCUGGAUGCUGGGUGUGCUCACCUUCGAGUUGCUGGUAGGCAGGCCACCCUUCCACAGUGCUGACCCCCAGCAGAUCUACAGCCGCAUCUUGGAUGGAGUAUUCUCCUUCCCAGCCUUCCUUGGCGAGGCCGCCUGCUCCCUCAUCAGCAAGCUCUGCAGGCGUCGCCCGGGACAGCGCUUGGGGAACACGGCCAGCGGCAUCCGCGGCAUCAAGAAGCACAGGUGGUUCGGUGCCCUGAAGUGGAGGAAGCUCCUGCUGGGGCAGCUGGAGGCACCCACCCUGCGGCUCAUCAAGGAGGGACCCCCCUACAUCAACUUCAAACGCUACUCAGUGGACUCGACAACGGUGGAGGAUGAGUUCUCAGGCUGGGACAAGGAUUUCUAA